AUGACGAGUGGAGAUCUCGACGCCUUAGAUGAGGGCCUGUACAGUCGUCAGCUCUAUGUUGUUGGCGUGGAAGGCAUGAAGCAGCUGACCACGUCCAAUGUGUUUAUUUAUGGUGUUGAUGGACUUGGUUUGGAAAUUGCCAAAGACAUCGUUCUUGCCGGAGUCCGUUCGGUCACCUUGUACGAUCCGGAACCCAUCACGUGGGCCGAUUUAUCGACCCACUUUUAUGCUGGACCGGAAAACGUUGGACACUCUCGAGCAGAAGUAUCUCGAGGGAAACUUGCCGCCUUGAAUAGCCACGUGGUUGUAAAUGUUCUGAUUCAGUCUGGUGAACCGAAACCUGUACCAGAUUUUGUGCGCCAAUUCACUGUGAUUGUUCUCGUUCAAGCGCCACACACAAUGUGUUUGCAAUGGGGAGAGGUUUGUCAUCGAUCUAAAGUCAAACUGGUUAUUGCUAACACGGCGGGUUUGUUUGGUCGAUUGUUUUGUGAUUGUGGUGAGAAUUACUUGGUCACCGAUCCGGAUGGCGAAGAGAGUAUAUCCGUGUUGGUGGAACAUAUUGAAAAGUCUCCACGAGGUCUUGUAAAACAUGUCCAGAGUCCAGACCGAUUGUUCUCUGACUCCUGUUAUGUAACGUUCCACGGAAUAGUCGGUAUGACGGAGUUAAACGAAUGUGCGCCGCGCAAAAUCACAGUGCAAAGCCCUACUUCAUUCGAGAUUGGUGAUACCAGUGGACUAUCGGAUUACAUUUCGGGAGGAGUGUGUACUCAAGUUAAAAUUCCACAAAAAUACACUCAUUUAGCGUACGGGAAAGCGUUUCUCCAACCCCACGGGGAGCAGUUCGACUUUAUCCGACAAAGUUACGCGGAGCAACUGCAUUUGUGCUUUGCCUCAUUGAAUCAGCAUCAGCUGUCACCGUGGAAUCGAGUUCAGGCGCGACGAUUUGUGGAUCUGGUGAAACAAAUGAAUGAGACAGAACUGAAGGGUUCUCUGGCUUAUUUGUCCGAAGUGGACGAAAAUCUAUGCCGUUUGUUUGCCAUGAUUUCCACUGGCCAGUGCAGUCCAGUUCAGGACAAUUCCAUUCAUCUCGAUGGCUUUACACUGAUUAAAACUGUCUUUUUUCAGGCUGUGAUUGGCGCUUUUGCGGCACAACAGGUUAUGAAUAUGUGCAGCGGAAAGUUUACCCCGCUUAAUCAGUGGUACUAUUUGGACGCUUCAAAUUGUCUGCCUCCAGCACACGAAUUGGACGCUAUCGGAGAAGAGGAGACGAAGGCGUGCAACACCCGAUACGAUGGCCAGAUUGCAAUAUUCGGUCGUCAGUUUCAAAACCGUUUAAGUGAACUGAAAUACUUCAUAGUGGGUGCUGGAGCACUUGGAUGCGAGCUGUUGAAAAAUAUCGCUAUGAUGGGUGUUGGAGCAAGCAAGUUGGGCAAAAUCACUGUCACCGAUAUGGAUUCUAUCGAACGAUCUAACUUAAAUCGGCAGUUUCUAUUCCGACCAAAUGAUAUUGGUCACAUGAAAUCGGUAGUGGCUGCCAAGGCGAUCAAUAAAAUGAAUCCAGAGAUUAACAUCGACUCACAUCAAAAUCGAGUGAGCGAGGACACUGAGAACAUCUAUCACGAGCAGUUCUUUGAAUCACUUGACGGUGUACUGAGCGCGGUCGAUGGCAUUCCCCCACGUCAGUACAUAGAUCAUCGUUGUGUACAGCACGGGAAACCAUGGAUCGAUUCCGGUACUAUGGGUGCAAUGGGAUCUACACUAGUCGUUUUGCCCCAUUUGACUAGAUCCUACUCAUCAGUUACACCUCUGGAAGACCAGCCUGAAAGAUAUGGGGAUUAUGUAAGUGUUUCGUUCUUGAAAGAACUGAUCGCGUCGAUCUUCACUGUGUAG